AUGGCUCUCACUGGUAUCCUGAAUGAUGCUGAAAUUGCUGCUGGCCUACCGAGCAGCCGCAAUUCCUUCGAUUACAAAACCUUUGUCAUCAAAGUGGGUCUGAACUCCAAGUAAGAACAGCUGGCCAGAGUCUUUGGAAUCCUUGCCCUUGAUAGGAGUGGCUUCAUUGAGGAAGAUGAGCUGAAGCUCUUCCUGCAGAAUUUCUCCACAAGUAUCAGAACUUUGAAUGCUGCCAAGACCAAGGCUUCCCUGGCAGCAGUUGACAGUGAUGGAGAUGAUAAAAUUGAAGUGUAUGGCCCUUUGAGACAGAGUGUGCUGAGUCAAGAGCUGACUCAGCAUCCUAUCCCUCAAUCACCACCAGUAUAG